CUCAGCCAAUCACAUCUCUGCUUCUACGAGUUGAUAGUUUUCCUUUUCUCUUUUUCCGCAGUUUGACUUCUUGCUCUGAAAAAACAGCGCCUUCUCCUCGCUGAUAAAGAUGUUCAUGCACAGAGCAGUUCUAGAUAUGAGUAAACUAAGUGAUACGAUUAAAACAUCCGUCUUGUAAAACCAGAAGAUGUGCCUAUGGCGCUGCUCCAUCGCCAUUAUCCUCGGAUUUGUCUGGUAUUUCUCGGAAUGUGGCCAAACACUGAUCCAGUACUUUUUAUUCAGUCUUUGUUGCCUCACAGCUCCGGUUUUACUCGGAAACUUUGGCCAGGAAAGCAGCACUCAAACAGAUGAAGUGGACAAGGAUCAAAUACCUCAGGAAUCCCUUGUCGAGGUUGAUGGAGAGAAUACAGGUACACAAGCUGAAGCACUAUUGGAGCCACAGUAUCCACACGUGAAGAAGUCUCUUCAGCAAGUGUUUGAGUGUAUGUACGCUGAGCUGGUCCUGCCUUGGUACCACGUCCCUGAGCCCUGUGAAAGUCAGCCGCUGCAUCAGGCGCUGAGCCGGGAGUUUGACUGUGUCAUAGAGCGAGUCGUCAGGAGAGCCAGAGACUUUGAUGUGUGCGAAGCAGUCGUGGGCUCGAUUCGUACGUUGACCCUGCACUUGCAUAAUGCGAAGCACUCUGACAGAGAGCCUUUGUUCAGCUCCAGAGCAGAGGAGAUUGCUGUUCUCAGAGAGUUUUCUGAAGCUCUGGUACGUAACCUUUUCCCUGAGUCUCUGUGGUGCCAAGAUGUCAACCGCUGUGCCUUAAAUGAGAUCGUUGCCUUAAAGGGGCUGGAGCUGCUGGUGACAUGGCUGUCUGACCCAGACAACCUGAACCAGCUGGUGGUGAGCCAGCUUGACAGUGUGACACCGCAAAGCUCGGUGGAGGAGCUGUGUGCAUCGGACGUGGAACGAGCCUCCCUGGCUUCACAUGAGGGCGAGGGCGAGGGCAGCGAAGUGAUCUCGGAGGGAGCAGAGGGCUCUGUCAGCAGUGGGAUCAAGUCCAAAAAGAAAGGCAAAAAGCUGAAGGAACGAUUGUCGACGUUUGUGGACAAGAUCAAGUCCAAGAAAGCCAAGAAGAAGAAGAAGAUGAAGGAAAUGGAGCAGAAUUUAAUGUGGCGGGCCAUGCAGGAUGACCUGUGUGCUGAUGACGAUGGCACGAGCAGAGAGGGCUCCAUUCACAGCCAGCAGGACUCUGACAGGGACGAUGGCGAUCUGGAGAACUACUUGGCCUGUGUCCAAGAGGACAUGAUGGAAUUCAAGCUGUCGUAUGAGAUGUGGCGGGUCGGCUGCUGGGCCGUCAGCAUCCCUUGUGUCAACUGGGAAAAUGAGGAGCUAAUCUUCACCAUCCACCUAGAGGAAAAGAACAACCCCGAGAACCUGCAGUGGGACAUCAAAAAGACCAACAUGGAUAUCGUAUAUUUCCGCAACAGAUGGCAGCACUCUGCCAACAUGCCCUGGGCGCUGGAGGAGAUUUCUGAUAAGGAAGUCAGUGAUGAGGUCCAAGAAGAAAUUAGAGCAUCAGUGGAGCUUUUCUUGCAGGAGUUGGUUUCUGAUGAUCUGAUAGGCCACACUCAGCCGGUAUUUCAGUUCCUGUGCCCACUUAACAAACUGCUGAGUGAGGAGGAACACCAUGGAGGGGUGUGGGGCCUGCUUAGUGGCUUGGCCUACUUCCUGACUCCAGGACAAGAGGAAGAGGAGACCAGCAGCCCUCAAACAGAAACCACAAGAGAAGACGUAAUCUCUCCACAGCCAGAAACCACAGCGGUAGAAAACUGCUCCAGUGAGAAGUGCGCCAAUGUUACAAUCCCAGCUAUUAUUGUCUCCCAGUGUGACUCUCCGUCAGACCUGUGUGAGGACGGAGAGCCAGAAAUGGAACCGCAAUCUGAUUUUAGGUCAGCCUCUUCAGGUAGUGAAAGCCUAUCCCAAGACAGAGCGGAGGACGUGGAUAAUCCUUUAACCUCUCACUUGAAAAUGUUCUUUAAAGGAUUGUCCCGGUCCAGGUCACAAGAGUCUCUGGCCUCGACGAAAGCCGCCACUGAUGAAGACCAGGCCGACUCAGAGUACACACAGCAGUCCAGCCAAAAUGGAGGCCCGCCGGGAGACAGCACAGAUGGCCCAUCGUGGCUGCAUUUCAGUGGAAGGGCCGGCAGAAAGCAGAAAGUGUGUUUCAAAAUGUCAGGUGGACUUCACAGGACUAAAGGGAAAGACCAGGGGACUUUGCCAAAAGGAGAAGAAUCACAGGGUCUGAAAAACCAAGUCAACUGGGAGCAACUGGAAGCGACCAAAGCUAUAUUUGAUUUGCUGAAAGAAAUAUCCGGCAACUCCAUCCUUCUGAACAUAUUUGAUGCCAUUUUGAAGCCUGUUAUGCCCAUCCUGAAAAAGAAAGUGAACUCUUUUUUAAACAAGAUGAACCCGACAGAAGCGCAGAUGGCCACAUACAUCGACACGCUGCGUAAGAAGCAGUGGCCGGACGGUUUGCCGGCGCCGCCUCCUCCUCCUCGCUCCGACGAAGAGAAGAGCGAGACCAGGGACAGAGCUCACAGCCUCAUCAAUGCCAGAUAUUCCAACUACCUAAUCUUGAAGAAGACAGACAUGGAGUCUGUUUUCAAUCUGUUCCAGGACCGUGAAGAAAACAAAAAGCUGGUGUAUAUGCUAUUGUUGUUCCUGCUGAAAGAGUUUUUGCCCAAUGAGAACGGCCUGCAUGUGAGUGCCGCGGCCCUGCAGAAAGUGAACAACCCCACCGGCUGAUCUGUGCGUUUCCGUGUGUGGUUUCUCAGGUUAACCGUGCUUUUAGACUAACUGUGACAUGCCUCACCAUUUUAGAAUGUCUCGUUAUUUAUUAAACUUUUCUCUCAGUGCUUUUCAACACUUGACAAACGUGACUGUAUUCAACCCUUGCAGGAUUCUCUGUCAUUUUUACCUCAGACUCACUGUGUAUGCUGUGAACUGUUCCUUACUUUUUAUUUUGUGUUGUGUUUAAUUGUUUUGCACGUUUUAAAAUCCCAAUGUGAGUAUUGAAUAUUUGUGUGGGAAAUUCAAAACAUUCUUCAUGUAAACUAUUUUGCAUUCCAGCCCUGUCAAACUCAGGAAAAAGUAAUGUAUAUUUUCUAGUGACAGUUUGAAUUUCACCUCUGGUGUGGACACAAUGAGCCAUUAGUGGCAUUGCCUAAGAUAUUUCUUAUCACUUUGAGCACUUCAAGUGGGAAUUUUGUUAUUAUACUAGUCCAUUUGACUUCAUGUUUUGUAUAUUAAUAGGAAAGCCUAACUCACAAUUAGUAAUCACAUAAAUCUGUCAUUUUUAUACUUGUAACAAUGUUCAGUUUAAUUUUAAAUAUUACAAAUAAAACAUUGCAAUAUAUGAUA